AUGUUGCUUGAAAUACUGUUGGCACUAGUUGUGGGAACUGUCACCUAUCUCUUUGUGGCCAAGCAAAAGGAGGAAACAUUGCCAGUAGGAGAUGGUUGGUGGGGCAAAGGAAAGAAGCCUGAUUCAGAAGAAGACACAACUGUUCAUCCUUUUAAGGCUGAAACUUCAGAAUCUGAAAUAAACGAUUUACAUAGGAGGCUUGAUCAGACUCGAUUCACUGAGUCCUAAGAGGACAGUGCCUUUUGUUAUGGGAUUAAUGCUGCUUAUCUUAAGAAGAUUGCCUCUUAUUGGAGAAAUCAGUUUGACUGGAAGAAACAAGUAGAAGUUCUCAACAGAGUUCCACAAUUCAAAACGAACAUUGAAGGAAUUGAUGUCCAUUUUCUUCAUCAACUGCUGUUGGCAAUGCUGGAACAGUAUUUGUUAAAACUCUAUGGAUUUCAAGGACAGGAUGGCCAGCAGUUAUUUCCCUCCUGGAAGAAAACAGUCUUCAAGUUACUGACGGAAUCUGAUUAUACUCACCUACAAGCUACAAGGCCUGAUAUUGUUGGCUGUGGCUUGAAUGACUCUCCUUUAGGAUUGGCUGCAUACAUAUUGGAUAAAUUUGCUUUAUGGACUGAUCUCAGACAUGAGUACCUAGAAGAUGGAGGCCUUGAAAAGAAGUUCACUCUUGAUGACCUGCUCACAAAUGUCAUGAUCUACUGGGUAUCAGGCUGCAUCGUUUCUUCAGUGAGGUUUUACAAAGAGAACUUAAACUAUGGCUUUGGCACAGAAAAGCUUAAAAGGCUUUCUGUGCACGUUCCUACAGGAAUUGCUUCUUUUCCCAACGACCCUGCAUACAUUCCUCGAUUAUGGCUACAGCCAAAGUAUGUCAAUAUUGUUUCAUACAACUAUCUGCCACGAGGUGGCCAUUUUGCAGCCUUUGAAGAACCAGAACUCCUGGCAGCAGAUAUUCAAUAGUUUGUGGAGAAAACAGAAAAAUGGAGUUUUACCAAAAGGAGCAGUAAUUGGUUUUGGUGGUAGGGCUUUGUAGUAACCAUUAUAAUGGGUCUGUAUGUUUUCUAAUGGAGACAUUUUCCAGAUUAGAAAUAGGGACAUUCUUUGGGUCAGGGGGCACAGUUUUUAGGCUAGCGGCACCACAAUU